UCAAUUUCAUUCCAUUCCAUCCAAUCCAAUUAAUCAACUAAAGAAGGAAAUGGGUUCCAAAACAAUUGCUUUCCUUGGCCUUUUUCUGGCCGUUGUUCUUUUCAUCACCUCCGAGGUGACAGCCAGGGAUUUGGCUGAGACUACCCCUUCUACUACUUCAACGGAAGCUACUGAACAGACCAAUGGGUUUGAUGAUGCCAAGUAUUAUGGUGGUGGCGGAGGAUAUAGAGGUGGCGGGUAUGGAGGUGGUGGGCGCGGUGGAUAUGGUGGUGGCGGGUAUGGAGGUGGCGGACGCGGUGGAUAUGGAGGCGGAGGCGGCCGAGGAGGAUAUGGAGGUGGAGGUGGCCGAGGUGGACAUGGUGGCGGCGGAUACGGAGGAGGCCGAGGAGGAUACGGGGGUGGCCGAGGUGGACAUGGAGGCGGCGGAUACGAAGAAGGGAAUUAACUUUAUAGGUGCUAGUAUUUAAGAUAUCUGUGCACCUUGGUAAAGUAUGUAUGAAUAAUGAAGAAAAUCUAACCAAGCCCUUCAGAUUAAUAGUCCAUGUGGCGGUUUCUCUGUUAAGGCAAGGUUUGUAUUUUUCUUUGUUUGGUUUUCAACUUGUGUAAAGUCUUGUAAUAAUAUUGGUAUGUUUCGAAGCACAAGGAGCAGUUAUAAGUUCGAAUUAAUAUGUUUUCUA